UCCUCACUCGUUCACUCGGUUACUCAGCGAGUCAGUGCUGCUGUGCUCUGUAGGACUGCAGCAGCGGCGCCAUGGCGGUGAAUCUCAGUAAGAACAGACUGGCUCUACUCACCGCGUAUCAGGACGUUAUUGACGAGACCUCAGCUACUGACUGGGCUUUGUACACAUACGAAGAUGAAAGUAAUGAUCUGAUUCUGGCAUCAUCAGGAGAUGGUGGCCUGGCAGAGAUCAUGGUCAGCUUCGAUAACAGUCGCAUCAUGUAUGGCUUCUGCAGCCUGAAGGAGCCGACUGCUGCCCUGCCUCGCUACAUCCUCAUCAACUGGGUUGGGGAGGAUGUGCCUGAUGCCAGGAAGUGUGUCUGUGCCAGCCAUGUAGCCACCAUCGCGGAGUUUUUCCAGGGUGUUGACGUUAUCAUCAAUGCCAGCAGCAUGGACGACAUCGACCCUUCAGCCAUCGGGCAAAGAUUGACCAAUGGGACGGUGCCGACCGCCAGCCCGGUGCUCGGCCGCCUGCGAAUAAGAGAUGAGGAGAACGCGGAGCAAGUGGGCACCACCUACCAGAAAACCAAUGCAGAGAUCGAGAUGAAGAGGAUCAAUCGUGAGGAAUUCUGGGAACAAGCCAAGCGAGAUGAAGAAUUUAGGAAGGAUGAAGAACGAAAGAAGGUGACAGAAGAACGGCAGCGUUUUGAAGAGGAGAGGAUGGAGCUGGAAAGAAAGGAACAGGAGGAGAGAGAGAAAAGAUACCGUGAGAGAGAGAAAGAGAUUGAAGAACACAGGAAAAAAAUGCAAGAGGAAGAGGAGGCCAAAGACAAAUUACGACCUCAGGCUUUGACUACAGAGGCUAGCUUGGAGGACCCCUCUCUGGAGAAAAAGGAGACAGAGGUUGAGGAGGCAGCUGCCAUAAUCGCUCAACGCUCAAGCAACCCACGCGAGUUCUUCAAACAAAGAGAGAAAGCUGUGGCCACCAGUCUAGACACAUCACCAACCAGCACCCACAGGACUGGCCGCUUGGACAGUCCGUUCUUGAAGCAGCAGCACAGUUUGUGUGUGUCCAGUGCACCCUCCUGUCGCAGCCCAGGGCUACCUGAUGACUCUGCUGAAGGUGAUUUUGAGAGCCGUGUUGCACAAGCAUCACCCACACCUAUCCCUAAAAUCGCCAUUCAGGAAGAAAAAGAGGACAACGACCCAAGAGAUUGGGCCUGCGAGUCCCCUGAGCGAGUUCCAGUACAGGAGUCCAAGCCUGAACAGAACAGUCCAGCUCCUGAAGCUCAUCCCAGGACUGAUGACACACUGCUGGACAUGUGGGAGAGCAGUCCAGCACCCACCACCGUACCCUGCCAGGACCCUCACAUCAUGGACCUGAUGAACGAUGCCAGCUUCACACCCAGCCUUCCCCAACCCCUGCUCAGCUUUGAUGACAUGCCCGAUGCCCCGUUGUGUCCUACAGCUGCGGACGAGCCCUCCAGUCUGGUGGACCUGGACGGGUCACACCACAUGUCCCUGAACUACCAGCAGGCCUCGGAUAGCCAGGAGCUCGAAGAGAGCCCGGAACUGCUUACCAACGGAGACUCUCUGCUCAAAGAAGGAACACAGGCCAGUGAAGGCUAUUUUAGUCAGUCACAGGAGGAGGACUUUGCUCAGUCUGAUGAGUGCUCUGCUAAAGUGAAUCCAACACCAGUAUUUUAUAACAAACCUCCAGAAAUUGACAUCACGUGCUGGGACACGGACCCUGUGGUGGAUGAAGAUGAUGACUAAGUGCUCGAGGGAACAAGCUUACCAAAGCUUAUCUCAAACACACACACACACACAAAAACACUUUUUUUCCCAAUGUUAAUUAAAGUAAAUCAGAAGUUCUGUAAAAUAUUUUAGGAUAAAGACAAAAGGUUAGCUACAAAACCAAAUAAAGGAUCUGGAUUAUUGUUUGAGAUGCAAGUGGGUUGGUGCUCUCGCUGUUGGUUUGUGUGGGCGUAUGUUAUUAUUUAUUUUUGUUUUUUCAUUUCCGCUAUGCAGAGUACCGGUGUAUUUAGGGCUCACCUGUGUUGUAUCGGCUCUCUGUGCCUGACAGGUGUGAGCAGUAGCAGAUAGACUGUCCAGUAUUAGUGGUGUGCUAGAACAUCAGUGAUGUAAACAGAUCGUCUCCAGCCAAGGUAUUACACAACUCUUAGUGCUAGACAACACAUAUCCUACUUCAAUACUCAAUAAUAAGCAGUUUUUUUGUUCCGGGGCCUUGGCUUUGUUUCAUUUACAUUCAGUAGACACAGACUGUUGUUCUGGUUGUACUAAACACUUUAUUUUACAGUGUAUUUAUGUCCUGGGAGACUGUAGUUGCAACUCUAAUUUAGAUGACAGUAUUUACAUUAUUAUUAUUUAGCAUUAGCUAAUUUGAAUAUUUUAUUUAUGUUUACGUUUCUUUUAAUACAUGUUGGUGUACAAACCUUUAAGAAUUCUAUGGCACAGGUAUAUUUUCACUACCUAUAAAAUUAUUUUUAUUCUAGUAUUUGAAAUAAAAUAAGGAGUUUAGAGAACAACAUAUAUUUUAAUAGACAUCAUUUGGUUAAUGUACAUUGUUUUUUUUUAAUGGCUGUGGAUAUUACAUCUUAUACUGUCCUUUUAGCCAGUUAUUUUUUAAUUAAAAAAUAAAUAAUUAUAAAUUCAGGACAGGUCUUAAUUUAAAAUGUAUUUAAUCCACAAUGCCUUUUGUCCUUAACAAGUAUUAUUAAUUGAAAAUGGAUCAUUUUACUCACUCACUCACUCACUCACUCACUUACUUUCACAACCGCUUAUCCAAUCAAGGAUGCGGGGGGAAUGGGGUGCUGGAGCCUAUUUCAGCUUUUUCAAUGGGUGCAAGGCACACAGUAACACCCUGGACCCUGGACAGGGCGCCAGUCCAUUGCAGGGUAGACACACAUACACACUUCCAUUCACCUACAGGACAAUUCAGUGUCUACAAUUAACCUGACUGCACGUUCUUGGACUGUGGGAGGAAGCCGGAGCUCCCGGAGUAAACCCAUGCAGACACGGAGAGAACAUGCAAACUCCGCACAGAAAGGACCCGGACCGCCCCGCCUGGGGAUCGGACCCAGGACCUUCUUGCUGUGAGGCGACAGUGCUACCCACGUGCCGCCCUGGAUCCUUUUGAUGUCAAAUUAAUCUAAACUUUCCCCUACAUAAUUGUUACUUAUCAUUUUAUGUUUGUUGUUUUGCUUGUUUUUUACUUAGAUACAGUUUUGGUUUUACUUUAAAUUGAGUCACUAUUUAAUCAUGUCGUAGUUAGUCGUAGGUAAGCAGGGACCCCAAACCAACAAAAUUAUGUAUUUUUCAGCUCUACCGUUGAUUACAGUUAAAAUUUAACUACCAUAAAAACCUUUUGAUAAUGAGCAUUUUGUCAGUAAUUUUGCUGAAGAGAUUCAGAAUCAGAAAUUUCACUACAUUCAUUUAAACUACGUAAUUUAAAUCCUGCUUCUGUAGCUUGGUCUUUAGUCUUCCAUAGUUUUGUAUAUUCUACACGUCAGUGCAGCUUUUUUCCACUUUAGCACGUUUUGUAUUACAAAAUAAAAAUGUAAGCAAUAAUACUAAUCAAACGGUGUAUUGUUUUGUAAAUAGUCCUAAUUUAGUAUUUUCAGUGGAUUAUAGUACGAUGGUGAUUAACUCCAUGGUCGUUUGAAAUGAAAUGAAUCUGCAUAGGAAUGAUGAGUUUUGCAGAUAGGAUCGUUUUUGAUGAGAGCUAACUUGCAUCUUGAACAAUAUCCAAGAUCCUUUUGAGGUGAACCUCAGUGUACUCAUGACCCUCCAAACCUUUCUGUAGUGAUUCUUACGCUUUUUCUCAGUCUCGCACUACCAGGAGAUUACUACUACCACUACUAUUGCUCCUAUUACUACUAAUAUACUACUACAACCCCCCUUAUCCUAGAAGCAAGGCUUAGCAACACCUACAGUCUGUCUUUUUUAUCAUUUAGUUUUUAUACCCUUUUCCUUUUUCCUUUCACUUCUCACCUGCUGUUUUUGAAACAAGCACAAGAUCUUUUGUGACAUGCUCUGUGCUUCUGUAUGUUAAUAAAAGACUUCAAAAAACCCAA